GAAAGUGUUGUUGAUUGUGUUGUGGGCCUACAAGUCAUUUCUAACUUAACAAUAAGCAUAAGGUGAACCUAUUAUGGGGUUUUCUUGUCAGGAUUUCUUCAGUUGGAUUUUGCCUUAGCCUUCCUCUGUGGAUGAGAGAUUGUGACCUGAUGAAGGUCAUCCAGUCGGUUUCCAAGGUCUGUUAGGGUUUUGAACCUUAGGCUACAUGGUUGUAAUAUGAUGCUCAUGCUGGCAGAGUAUAGAGAUUUAUUUUUUUGGCUUCUCCAGAGCUUGUGUGGGCAUCUUUAGUUUGGAUUUCCUCCUUCCCCUGAAGCGUGAGAUGACUCAGGUGCAUGAGGUGCACCCAGGAAGCAGUUUUUCAAGCCACCUCUCUCCCUUUCUUAAUGAAUAUUCCUUGGUAGUGUUUGUUCUUUUGCUCUUUCUUUUAGCUCAAGACAGUUAGGAUCUGGUAAGUUUCAGAAGGCUGACCACCCUCCCAACAGAAUGUCUGGCACGCCUGUAAAGUGUUUGACGGAGCCAUGUGUUACCAAAUGUCCGGAUGCAAAAAUGGUGAUCCACCCUCCACCGCUGGCUAUCACUUUACCGGGUCUCCGUCUCACCACAAAUCCUGGUAAGUGCCUGGUGGAAACCCAGACGUCGUGUCCCAUCAAUGGCGAAGAAGGAUCCUGCAAGGCUGUCGUCACGAAAUCCUCUGGUCUCCGUGCAAUUUCUGGGGGAGAUACUCCAUGUUCCACCACCGCAUGUUCAGACUCACAACUGGUGAUCUAUCCCCCACCGGUUUGCAUUAUGAUACCUGGGGCAAUGCUCAGCAGCCAUCCCAAUGAAUGCCUCAUCGAAAGCUCAAUCCCCUGCGUCCCCAGUGAGACCCACCCACUUGCCUUAACCCGCUCAUCUUCCAUUUCUGACUGCUCUGUUAUCCCACAACGCACAACUCGCUCCACCUCAGUUCCAUGUGGGCUUCCAAGUGAUAAUCCAUGCGUAACACAAGGUCCAGGCUCUAAAGUGAUAAUACACCCCCCAGAGAUUGAAAUUUGCUUGCCUGGCCCUAUUGUUGAAAUUAUGGCCGCGGAGUGUGCAGUGGAAGUCUACAACCCGUGUGAAGCAAUAACAGGCGAGGAACAAUGCGCCAUCACUAGUGGGGAUGAAGACACGGGUGAAAGCAAAGCCCUGGCCACACGUGUAAAGGACUCUGCUACAAUCUGUGCACUAUUAGGUGCUUCUUCAUGUGUCUCGGAGGGGCCAGAGCUGAGAAUUGUCGUCAAGCCACCGCCAAUAGAAGUAGACAUGCCUGGGCCAAUCCUUCAAGUUUUUCCUGAAACAUGCAAAGUGGAAGUCCUGAAUUCAGGCGGCUCUGAGACCCCAGCCUUGGACAGCAGUAAGCCUUAUGCACUGUGCAGCAAUGAGAUGACACCCUCAAGAGCCCUGGCCACCAGAAGGAGCUCUCUGUGUGCCACGAAACAUCCUCUGCCGGAUCUCAGAAGGCCCUCUCGUCCCUGGGGUGAGAUAUACGGCAGGUCCGUCUUGUCAAGAAACACCAUAAAUCAGUUAUCUCGUUACUCAAAAUACCACAAUGGCUUCAGCUCUACGAGCAAUACGAGCUCUAUGAGUUACCGGCCAUCAUACUAAACUUCCCGAGAAGAUGGGGGCACCAGGGAUGGUCAGAAGAAAAAAAUGGCACACAUGGGUUAACUGAUAUGCAUGAACCUUCAUUUAACUCCUUCUAGCCACUUGGACAUUAAAAAAAAUCAGAACUUUGUCAGUGUGGUGGGACUCAAUGCCAAAAUGUAUGUUUUCUGAAAUACUUGGGUUGAAUUGCUAUCAAAGCUCAACUGGUUAAGAUCCUAGGCCUCAAUCCAAUUGUUAGUACUAACUGCUAUUACCCAUUGACUUAUUGCUGAAUUGGGAUUCAACAUCCACGUAAAUCUCAUUGCUUCGAUGAGUCUAUCAUUGUUGGGCCCAGGAGCAGCUUGUAAGACUAAUUCAGGAAUGCCGUAAAUUCUUCCUAAUAUAGUUCAGAGAGAAGCCAUGCAAAUUAACAUUUACAAGCUUGUUUCCUUUUUGAGCUCUGAAGACUAAUAAACGUGACACAUUAUAAGAUUAUAUGUAAACUAAUAGUCCUCAGAAUUUAUAGAGCAGAAGGUUGCCUUAUUAAUUUAAACAAGGUUGAAAAUAGAUUUACAAUUACAGGUAUGCACUUAUAGAGCUCCUGUACAACUCAGAAUAACUAUGGGAAGAACAGCAAUGAAAUUCAACAUGGAUAUGGCACCCCUAGAAUGUCGAAUACACUAGACAUCCCUGGUUGGGACCAACAAUAGAUUUUAGGUUCGCAGUGGAGACUUUUUGAUCCUACAGAUGUUUUGAAGUGCAAUUUCCAGUAUCUUCCAUUGUUAGUCCAACAUCAUCCGGAGAUCUGUACAAUUCCCACUUCUAUUUUAGACCUGAUAUGUCAACCAUUUAUAUGUAACUUUGCAUUAUCUUUACCUUUACCUAUUGUCUUUUGUUUCACUUAGUAAGGCAUACUGAAAAUGCACACAUCCAGGAAGCAAGUAGUAGAAAACCAUCUUUGGUUGUCAACAUGUUUACACUAGCUUGAAAAGGCAAUAAGCCCUCCAUAUUCCAUAGCCUUUGGGCACUGGGUCCCUGUGAAAAUGAAAAACCCAGGAGAAUACUUCUCAAGGAAUCACUCCAUGAUUGUGUUCAAUGUCCACCAGAAGUCAACCAUAGUUUAGUAUUGGGGGACCUAGAGGUUCCUAGAGAAGUGAUAUUUCUAGGAAUUUCCAGGUCCUCCAGCAAAAGCUGACCACAGAUUCACAGAGAAGGACCUAGGUAUUAUAAUAAUAUAAUAAUAACUUUAUUUUUAUACCCCAUCCCAUCUCCCCGAAGGGACUCGGGGCGGCUUACAUGGGGCAUGGCCCGAUAAAACAAACAAAUAACAGUAACAAAGCAAUAAAACAAUUAUCCCAGUAAAAAAACAUCAACAUCAAUAAAAACAAUCAUUAAAAUCAACAAGCAGGAUACAGUGUUAAAAACAGGAGACAAAUUCGUAGAUCCCAGGCAAAGUGCAGAGUGUUACAAAAUGGGAAAAGGAAAUUUCACAGUUGAAUGGACAAUAAAGUGCGGUAUAAAAUUGCAAGACAACAACAAUGGGACUAUUAUGGAAUGGACAGAUAGAUCAAUCCAGCAACAACUAAACAUCGAAGGCCUUUUGGGAAAGCCAGGUUUUUAAGCUCUUCCGGAAGGAGAGGAGGGUAGGGGCCUGCCUGAUCUCUCUAGGUAGAGAGUUCCAAAGCCGGGGGGCCACGACGGAGAAGGCCCUCUCUCUCGUCCCCACCAACCGCGACUGCGAGGGUGGUGGGAGCGAGAGAAGGGCCUCCCCCGACGAGCGAAGAGAACGUGUGGGUUCAUAGAGGGAGAUGCGGUAUUCCUAAUCCACCUAAUCAAAUCAGCAAAAGCCAAAGCUGAAAAUCUCAAGGGAUGACUGUACUUUGUCCACCAUGGCUUCUCUCAAACUGUAUCAGGAACUGACCAAAAUAUCAUUCCAUUCUCAAAACAGCCUGGGCUGUGUAUCUGAACAAGGGUUACUUGGAUCUUUCUAAGCCCAUGACUUGAGUGUGUUAAGACCACUGUUUUCUUACUUGUUGUACCAACUACAAGAUCACCAGGACUUAGUUGAGUCUAAGGGUAGACAAACAAGUAUUUUGAGAUAUUGCUUAGUUGAGUCUAAGCCAACCAUUUGGCAGAGGGUUGACCAGAUAGCCUUGUGGUUUGUUCCAAUUCUAUGAUUCUGCGAGUGAAAUAUAUAUUCUGAUCAGCCCUGAAAAGAUUGGACCAAAUUAAAUCAAUUUGGGAGGGAGAGUGUGCGAUGUGUGUGUGUUUAGAUGUGUGUACAAGAGUGGGAAUGGGGUAGAAAUAUAUUGAGGGGAUACCAUGGAAAGUCUCUGAUGGUGGUGGAUAACUACUCUUGAACUGAAAAUAAAGAUUUCUUAAUAAAUAGAAUUAAUGGAAUUCUGGUGACUAGAUCCAACUAGAGUAGAUCCAUUCAGUAAACGGGAAGUAGACAUACAGGUAAAUAUCAUUGAUUCUAGUUUGGAAAAGGAUCGGAAAUUAGGACAAACAAUUCCAGUUAUGGCCUGGUCCUAAUUUAAUCUUCUGUUAUGUUAAAUCCUCCUAUAGUCUACUGUGAAAUGAAAAGGAACAUUUAUCAUGAAUGCUGGGAGGAAUAUUCAUAUUGGUUUAUUUCAAGGUUGAACAGCAGGUUCCCCAAUGGUUGGGAAACACAACAGACCGGUGAGAAAUUUGGAAGACUUUCUCUGAGUGUUCAAACAUCCCAAGAAGUUGCGGCAAAAUGAUUCUGCACGCAAAAAGAGUUUUCUGCACACAAAAAAUACCGUGCAGAAAAACAAACAUAAAGAUGUUUUCUGCACAGAAAAUAGUAUUUUUCUGUGCAGCUUUCCUACAAAAGAAUUUCAAUGAUUUCAUCAUUCUUCGGAAGGAAUGGGAGGGGAAACUGAGAACGUGACACCCUACAACUGUACAGUAUUAACAUUUUAGAUAUUUAAGAAUAAAGUUUAUCACAAUUUAAAUAAAAUUUAACAUAAAUAA